UGUUUCUUAAUAGCAUUAAUAACUAAACGAGUUGCCAGCGAUUCAUUACACAUACGUUUAUAAUUCCGCACUCGCAAUUAUUGUCAAACAAAAGUUACAGAAAACACUGUGACUUUUGAUAUUUUGAUAAUUAGUAUGGUAUUCAACAGUAUGGUUUUCAGGAAAUUUUCACAUGCACAGUAAACAUAUUAAGAACAGCGUGAUAACGUUACAGAAACUUUUAAAAAUGAAACUAAGAAUUGACUACAGGGAUUAGAGAGUAAAUUACAUUACUUUGAUUGAUGUGUUUAAAAUGAAUUCAACAAAGUAUCCGCUGGUAGCCUUCAUUUUUGUUUGUUUGCUGUAUCUGCUAUUCACAAUUUAUCAAACAGAGAGAAGCUUUACAGUGAAUCCUUCGUCGCAGCAGACACUUUCCAUCUUCAACAUAGAUGGAUUCUUUAAGAACAUAGGGCUUCAAUCACAAAUAAUUGCGGACCCUUCCCAGCCGGUAUCCGUCCUUGUCUUGACCUAUAUGCGAUCUGGUUCGAGCCUUACUGGUGAUAUUCUGCAACAUAGUGAAGGUGCCUUUUAUGUUUACGAGCCGUUUCGAACGCUUGGUCACAAAGAUCCAUCAUCAUUUACUUUAAUGUAUGCAAACGGCACUGUCAGGAAUCCACCAUUUUCAUUCAAAGAAGAAACAUAUAAUGCAUUGUAUAACUGGUUUACAUGUAACAUAAGCAGACUGACGAACAUUGGACUUAUGGAUCCUUUUCUAAAUAAAGGCUUAAAGUCAAAGAUGUUCCCGAUAUGUUACAAAGCGGAAAUGCGGAAAGGAAACAACCAGGGUAUGGCAAUACGAAUGUGUGCAAGAGAACUACAGGGCAUCUGUGAAAGAUCCCCAUUCAGAAUAAUCAAAACGAUUCGAUUACAGCUUAAUGAUGUAAAGAACUUAUUAGAAGACUUGCCAAACCUUAAGAUAGUACAUCUAGUACGAGAUCCACGAGCAACAUUAUCAUCUCAGUCCAAGUUGGGAAUGUGCUCCAGCAUGAGAGGGGGUCUACAUGGAUGCACCAAUAAGUAUUGUAAAAGGUUAGAAAACGAUGUUUUAGCUGAAGAACGCAUAAUGCAACAAUAUCCGAACAGGAUCAUGCCAGUAUUUUAUGAGGAUAUAGCAAGGCAUCCUCUAGGGACCUCACAGAAACUUUUUGAUUUUAUAGGAGCUGAUUUUACCAUAGAAGCUGAAGCCUAUAUUUACAACAUAACGAUGGCAGGAUUAGCUAAUGACUGUUUAAUAUGUACAACACGAUCCAACUCAUCUGAACACGUCGACUCUUGGAAAACUACGAUGAGGCCAGAAUUUAUCAAUAUUGUAAAUGAAAGAUGCAACUAUGUUUUAAAACGUUAUAAUUUUGAUGAAUUUCCAAUAGAGAAACAGUAAAGAAGCAAUAGUUCAUGUACGCUUUUGCGUUUUAGGCAAAAUGCUAUAAACAAAAUAUUGAUUUCGGUAUGCAACAACAAUGCUAGUUUUUAAAGACUGACUCAAUAAAACCAAGUCUGCAAUUUUCUUGUGAGUUGCUUCCGAGAGAUAAAAAAACUACAAAAACAAAACAACAACUAAAAAACAAGAUGUUAAGAUAUGAAAUAUCACGGUGAAGGUAAAACAAGUUUGAAUUACGUCAUCAUGGUUCAAAUUAAUGUCAUGAGAAUUUAUGUACAUUAAUAUGUUUUGCUGUCAACUGUAAAUGUAUAUAUUUGUAACUUUUUUGGCACUGGCGAAAAUUGGAUUCUUAUUGUCGCCAUUAACACAAAUUGAGUAGAUCUUAACGUAAUUGGUAGUCAAUGAAAAAAUCCGUCACCUCCAACCUCCAAUAAAAAAAAGCUUGUUCCAAACUUAGUUUGGGAAGAGCACGUUGUCGAAUUCAGAUGCGUUAAAAAAACCUUUCGUUCGGCAGACCCUGUAAUGUCUGCCUUAUCGUUACGAUUGACACCUGAGAUAGUAAAAACACGAGCCUGUUAUUUCGGGUAUUUUGUUAAAUGUAUCACUUGGUUGCAUGGAAUCUGAGUAUAUUUUUCAAUGCAAAAUGUUUGCUUAUUUAGUUUCAAAGUUCACGAUUGUUAAAUAUUUGAUUAUUA